UUCUGUCGGCUUCCGUUUCUGCAGGCCUCGAGGUUGCUCUUGGUCUUCAGGGUGGGGACGCUUGGCAGUGGCAAGGUCGUUAAAUGUGUGCAGGUAGAGGAAACGUCUCUCUAAACUGUUGUGUGCAGAGCGGCUUUCACUUUUGCUACGACCACGUUCGCGCUUCGGUCGACGUAGAAUACAAAUCGAAAUAUGGCGGCAAACCUUCUUACCUUGUUUAUGUGUUUUUCUCUUCUAAUUUCUUUGGCGUUAAAUGGGAUGGCUUACGAUCCGAACGAUAAAUCGCUGAAGGAUAUUCUGUUACCGGAAGGACAAUUCGAGGCAUUUUAUUUGAAAGGGUCGCAGGAAGAAGAACAGAAUGCCGUAAGGCCUCCGCAUUUGCAUGGCUCGUUUCAUCAGUACAAAAAUCCCGCCCUAGUCAGCGCACCGAACAGCGCUGCGUACGGUUUUCGUUUCGAUGGAAAGCGCCGUUUCAAUUACAAUUAAAUGAAUCUAUCGAGAUUUGCAAUUGAAUAUAAUGCCACGCGCAGAAAAUCUUCGUUGCAUUCAUAGCGUUCCGUGAUAUGACUCUAUUAUCAUCUAGUUGUAUUAUGCAUUAGAGAGAUGCUAUUUAUUCAACUGCAGCGACCCAAGUUUCUCGAUUAGAUCCCUCCUUCCUUUUUAUCUUUUUUCUUCAGGUAUAUAUUACUUCAUUAUCGAAACCGUGAAAAAAGCGCGUUGUUUCAGAGUAUGGCUAUCGAAACUUUUACGACUAAUUGGGAAAAGUUUAACGAUAAACUAUCUGUGUGCGUAAGAAACAUCAACUAUAAAGUCAAAUUCUUGGAAUUACAGCUAUACUUUCGAUAAUUAAAAAUAAAUUACUAUUAAAUUAUAUCAUGUAAAGAAACGACACUAUGUAUCAAAUUCCGUGAUCUACGACGAUUUACUGAAAUGUAGAACGCACGAUUUAAUUGGAAAUAAAAAAAACAAA